GAUUACAGACUCAAGUGUGGUGGUUCAAGUCCAUGGCACGUAAGGUUCUGGUUCAGGAGGUCAGCGUAUCGCUCCCACUCGCUCCCCCUUUCCCGGCUUGGCUGUUGCUCAGCUGAGUUCAAGGUGACUUUUACCAACAACCCAGCGGGUUAAAAAGGCCUUUUCACGCCUUAGUCGCUUCCAGGCCGUCGUUGAAGCCGCUCCUUGUCCCGGUUAUGUCUGACAGUGCGCCAAGCCCCAAGAAAGCAAAAAUGGCAAACUCUUUGGUCCAACUCAAGUCCCUGACCACCGUUGUCGCCGACACAGGUGAUUUCGAAGCCAUGAAGAAGUACAAGCCCACUGAUGCCACCACCAACCCAUCACUCAUGCUUUCUGCUGCCAACAUGCCCCAGUACAAACACCUCAUUGCUAAAGCUGUGGAAUACGGAAAGAAGGUUGGAGCUUCUGUGCCUGAGGCUGUAGAUGCUGCCAUGGACAAGCUGUGUGUUCUGUUUGGAGUCGAGAUCCUCAACAUCAUUCCUGGGCGAGUUUCCACUGAGGUGGAUGCCAGACUCUCAUUCGACAAGGAAGCCAGCAUUGCAAAAGCCCGCCGCAUCAUUGAAUUGUAUGAAGAGCAUGGAAUCAAGAAGGAUCGCAUUCUUAUUAAGUUGGCUUCAACCUGGGAGGGUAUCCAAGCUGCAAGGGAGCUUGAGUCCAAGUAUGGAAUCCACUGCAACCUGACUCUGCUCUUCUCCUUUGCCCAGGCUGUUGCCUGUGCUGAGGCUGGAGUUACUUUGAUCUCUCCAUUUGUAGGUCGGAUUCUUGAUUGGUAUGUGGCUAAUACAAAUCAGAAGCAGUUUGCUCCUCUUGAAGACCCUGGUGUUGUAUCUGUAACUAAAAUCUACAAUUACUACAAGAAAUAUGGAUACAAAACUGUUGUGAUGGGUGCUUCCUUCAGAAACACUGGUGAGAUUCAGGCUUUGGCUGGCUGUGACCUUCUAACCAUAUCACCCAAGCUACUGGAAGAGCUGGAAAAUAGCAAUGUUGAAAUUGCUCCUAUUCUCUCCCCAACCACUGCUCAGAAAUCAGAUCUGCAAAAGGUGACCAUGGAUGAAGCAACUUUCCGCUGGGAGCUUAAUGAAGAUCAGAUGGCAACUGACAAAUUGUCCGAUGGCAUCCGCAAAUUUGCAGUGGACUGCCGCAAACUGGAAUCAAUGAUUGCUGAUCUCAUUGCCAAGGCAAAGUAGUGAUCUUUCAGCAUUACACUCAGCAUCAAAUGCAAUUCUUGUUUUCACCCUCUUUCUAAAAAUAAUUGAGUAAUGUACAACCAAAUAGGAACUUUUACUAAUGCAUUUUGUAAUAAUAGACGAUAGUGAUAAUUGUACAAAUUCAAAUUGUACUUAAUAGUAUCAUGAAGUACAAAUUUAAGUAGAGACACAUGUUAAUGUGGAGUGAGUGUAUUACAACUAGGUCAUACAAGGCAGGGUUAAUAGUGAUCAAUUUUACAUUCCUAAUGAUUUGUACUUGAGAUGUGAUAUUUUGAAAGUUUAUUUUAUUCUGUGCCAGUGUUGUAUAUCAGUUAAGUUUUGACAGUUUUUCCAGAAGUGUAGUUUGCAUAUUUUAUAUGCUAAUUUUAAUAAAGCCAUCAAACCGAAAGCCA